AUGAUCGAUCGACGCCGGCCAGCCAGUCGCGAGGGGUCCAAGCCAGUAGGCUUGGGAGUCUACGGCCGCGACUGGCAGAUAACGACGGCUGAGCUCUCACUGGCGAUGCGCUUCGCUAUGGGGCGCUCGCUUGACGACAUGAUCAGGGACGGCCGGGCGACCUCGACGGCGGUGGCGGAACCCGAGGAGGAGGCGCCAGCUCUGCAGCCCCAGGCGAAACCCUCCGCAUCGGUCUCGGCCUCGAUGGAGAUUCCGGGUGAGUGGGCGCACGGGCGCGGGAAGCUUCCCGACGCUUCCCCGCCCCAUUGGCGCAACCUGGCCACCAGCGACGGCCUCGGCGAGGGCGCGGUAGACGAGACGGACUUCGACACUUUCGCGAUCUGUUCGGGGCUCGGCCUCGCCAAGGCGGGGGUCGGAGCACGCUGUUCACGGCUGGAGACGGGGCUCGCCAGCGUCGAUCAGGAUGCUUCGGUCCAUGAGCUCUGCUGUCGCAUGAUGCACCUGCUGCUCACCUUCGCCCAGCUCAAUGCGAGCGAGCUGGCCGGCGCGGAGCUGGCGCGCCGCCGCCUCCAGAUGGCCGAGCACCGCCGUCGCGACCGAGCGCUGACGACGUCGCGGGGCGAUGAGCUGUCGAGGGGCCCCCAUCUGCACCCUGGGACGGGCGGGGCGCGCGGGCAGGCGCGCGUCGCGCCAGCCCUCCUCGCGCUCGCGACCGACGAGCGGCGCGCGGAGGGCGCCGUGCUCAGGGGGCGCAGGAAGUCAAAGGAGGAGCGCUUCGAGCCCCGGGGCGACAGCCUCGCGAGUGGCGGGGCUGACCAGCCCCGCUCGUCGAGCACGCAGAGCACCGCGGAUAGGCCCGAAGGACGUCGGCAGCCGAGUGUCGAGCUGCGGUCUUGCGAGGCGCUGCCGGCGCUCAACUUCCUCAGCGGGCGGGCGGGCGGCGACGGCUUCGACGAGCUCUCGGCGGCCCAGGUCGCUGGCCUCGAUUCGCUGCGCGACUGCCUCGAGUCCUUCGACCCCCCGACGUCAGCCCCGCGGAGGCUCAUACAGAGCUGCGCGGCGCGUUCCCGGGCGCGAUCAGCACCCGACGGGGGCGUCGCGGCGCCCUGUUCGGAUUCCAGGAUGUGCGGGCCAGCCAACUUGUUUUCGGAGUCCGUGCGUGACUUGUGGCAGAACUGGGACCGGCAUCUCUUGCGCCCUCGUGAUGAGUGGCGUGCUGAUGUACAUCCGCAUGUCGAUUCCAGGCUGAAGAAUUCGCCGACCUUGCGCGCCAAGUUCUUGCAUGACCUGCACCGAGCUGACAUGCUUCAUUACACCUCAGAGCGCAAGCGCGCAAUGGCGCCGGCCUUCGUCGGCAUGCGGGACGGGGGCGGCAAGCGGCGCAUGACCUAG